GACGUCAGAAGUCUGCGCCGCGCUCCUGCGUCUGUGAUUCGGCUGAAGAAAGGUAUAAACUCCUGCUGAAUCAACUGAGAUCCACGUGACACACUAUUAUAAAGAUGGUGUUCGUUAAAGAGGAGAGUGAAGACAUGAAGAAUGAAGAAGCAUUCAGAGUCAAACAUGAAGAUACUGAGGAACAAACAGAGAUGGUGUUUAUUAAAGAUGAGAGUGAAGACACGAGGAUUGAAGAAACAUUCAGAGUCAAACAUGAAGAUACCGAGGAACAAACAGACCUGAAAGAGGAGCAUGAAGUACUGAAUGAAAUGCAAGAUAAGUAUCAUUAUAAGAAACAUCAUGAUUUCAAAACUGGACAAAAAUCAAUUAGUUCAAAGAGUGCAAAGACUUCCUCAGGAAAAAGAGCUCAAAAGACUGAAACUAGAAGUCAUUUCACCUGCCAACAGUGCGGAAAGAGUUUUGAACAACGAGGAAAACUUAAAGUCCACAUAAGAAUUCACACCGGAGAGAAGCCAUACACCUGUAAACAGUGUGGAAAUACUUUCAAUGAAAAAGGAAACCUUAAAAAACAUAUGAGAAUGCACACUGGAGAGAAGCCUUACACCUGCAAACAGUGUGGAAAAAGGUUCAGUCAACAAGGAAAUCUUAAAGUCCACAUGAAGGUUCACACCGGAGAGAAGUCUUACACUUGCAAACUUUGUGGAAAUAGUUUCAUUGAAAAAGGAAACCUUAAAAGGCACAUGAAAAUUCACACUGGCGAGAAGCCUUACACAUGCCCUCAAUGUGGAAAGAGUUUUACUCGACAAGGAAGCUUUAACAUGCACAUGAGAAUUCACACUGGCGAGAAGCCUUACACAUGUUCUCAAUGUGGAAAGAGUCUUACUCGACAAGGAAACUUUAACAGGCACAUAAGAAUUCAUACCAAAGAGAAGCCAUUCACAUGCUCACAGUGUGGAAAGCGUUUCACUCAGCAAGGCAACUUUAACAGGCAUAUGAGAAUUCACAACAGAAAGAAGCAUUAAACCUGCAAACUGUGUGGAAGAACUUCACAAUUAAACUAAACCUUAGGUAUCAUAUGAACAGUUACACUGGUGAGUAGGGUUGCCAACCGUUCAGUAUAAUACAGAAUUUUCUGGUAUUUAAUUCAUCAGAGAAGUGUUCCGUAUGAAAGCAAUAUGGAACACAGUUUGACCCGUAUUCAUAGGCAUACGCCGUAUGACUAUCUAGACUAGAGGUGGGCAAACUAUGUCCCGAGGGCCACAUACGGCCCGUGGUCAAAAAUGGCUAAUUUGAUGCAAUGUCAGUAAAAUCCAAUAGAUGGCGCGAUGGCGCUGUAGCCUGCAGUGUUCCCCUGAUUUUACGCUGACGCGGCCACUGGAGCUGAUCGCAGCCAUUCUAGUCAAUGCUUGUGUUAUACCAGCUGUGCCGCGGCACGUUUCUGAAGCUUCCCAGAAGCAGCUCUCUACGCCACUUCGCUAUAGAUAGGCGCCUAGUCUAUUUUGACGGACGCCGCGUCCAAGCCGCACAGCUCAAAUACAAAAUAAAAAAAUCUAAAUGUACA